CACCUCCCUUCCAGUUGUGCCUUGCGCUUCAUUCGAGUUGGGGCUAGGCCAGUCGGAGCCAAGAUGGCUGAUUACGAAGAUCGGGUGUCUGAUGAAGAGAAGGUGCGCAUUGCAGCUAAGUUCAUUACCCAUGCACCCCCAGGAGAAUUCAACGAGGUGUUUAAUGAUGUCAGACUUCUACUCAACAAUGACAACCUGCUCAGGGAAGGAGCAGCCCAUGCUUUUGCCCAAUAUAACAUGGAUCAGUUUACACCUGCUAAGAUUGAAGGCUACGAUGACUCAGUCCUUAUAACAGAGCAUGGAGAUCUUGGCAAUGGCAGAUUUGUGGAUCCACGGAAUCGGAUUUCCUUCAAGUUUGAUCACUUAAGGAAAGAAGCUAGUGAUCCUCAUCCUGAUGACAGUGAUGCAUCUUUAAAAUCCUGGAGAGAUGCUUGUGAUGUGGCCUUGAGGGCUUAUGUAAAAGAACACUAUCCGAAUGGUGUCUGCACUGUUUAUGGAAAGACAAUAGACGGACAACAGACAAUAAUAUCUUGUAUUGAAAGCCACCAGUUUCAACCCAAGAACUUUUGGAAUGGUCGCUGGAGAUCUGAAUGGAAAUUUACUGUCUCACAAUCCACUGCUCAGUUGGUAGGAGUUCUAAAGAUUCAGGUUCAUUACUAUGAGGAUGGAAACGUUCAGUUAGUUAGCCACAAAGAUGUUCAGGAAUCCUUAGCAAUCUCUGGUGAAGCUCAAACUGCCAAGGAAUUUGUAAAAAUUAUAGAGCAAGCAGAGAAUGAAUACCAGACUGCCAUAAGCGAGAACUAUCAGACCAUGUCAGACACAACUUUCAAAGCCUUACGCCGGCAGCUACCAGUGACCCGCACCAAGAUCGACUGGAAUAAAAUACUCAGCUACAAGAUUGGCAAAGAGAUGCAGAACGCUUGAGAAGCUUUAAAGGAGCAAGGGCAACGUUUAGUGUGCAAAGCAAACUGAGAACUGUUUGGUCUUACAAAUAUACUGUGUAUACCCUUAUGUGCAGGAGUGGCUCGUAACAAAUGUUUUUGUCGGCCCCCAACACAAAUGAGGUUUUUUUCAAAGGAGACAAAAUAUAGUGGUUUGUAAAAUGUGAUAUUUUGCAAUCAAAGUCAUUGUAUUUUCUAACUUGAAGUGCCGCAGAACAAUCUGAGUUUUUAUAUUAUUUACCCUGAAAUCUACAAAUGGAGUCCCUACAUUUAUUGAUCUGGCAUAUGUCAAAUGUGCCAGAGGAACACGUGAAUUCUUGUAGUUAGAAUAUGUACCAGCUUUUAGGUGCCAGUUUAACCUUCGUUAACAAAAAGAACUGAGACCCCUCCCUUCCCUUCUGCUAAGUGGCACAUAUAAAGUUUAUGUUGGAACUAUUGGAAUAAAUCGGUUCCGCCUUUAAA